AUCCUCAAAACACACUUUCUUUCUCUUUAAUACCCCGAUUUCAUGCCACGCGGCUUUUUCUCAUUGGAAACCCCAGACCACCGCGAUACGCCUCUGUCUGGGACACCGUUUUGUCAAGUUCAGAGUUAUCCAAGCGAAUUUUGAUCAGUGAAUUGCUUGUAAAUUGUCUAAAUUCCAGUCAAACACACUUGUUGGAUGAAAUGCCUUUUGAGACUCUUGAGCUUGUUUUCUGAAACCUACGGAAUUGAAGUCUAAUGUUGGUAUUUGGAAGAAGGAGUUCCGGUGUCCGAUUCACAGUCAGAGAGCUUGAAUCAGGAGGGAGUUGAACAGUUUGUUCAAGAGACAAGUCAUUUGGGCUGUUGAUGCAAUGCCAGCAGCGAGGGCUUUGUAUAAGUUUUCGUGGGGAAGCACAUUCUUGCUGCAUAAACUUGUUCCAGUAAUGCUCUCAAGCGUCGGAGCCGAUACGUUCAAGAGGUUUUCUUCUACUGAUUGCGUGGCCGCAGCUAGUACAAGUCAUGAGGAGAUAAGAGAAGAAGCAUACUUGUGGAGUAAACAAGCAAGGAAUGUGUCUCAGGGAGAUACCGUUAAUGGGGCUCUUGCAAGGGGUUUGAAUUAUCAGGCGCUUGGUAAUGCUCGUGAUGCUUGGUGUUUGGUAAAUCGUCAUUAUAGCGCCCAUUGCAAUGAUAAGUGCACAGGGGAGUUUUCUAAUAAGUUUCUUGGAAGUAUUCCAGGAUAUGUGAAGAUAGUAGAAGUUGGUCCAAGGGAUGGAUUGCAAAACGAGAAGCAAAUUGUGCCUACUACUGUAAAGGUCGAGUUGAUAAAAAUGCUAGUUUCUUCAGGGUUGCCUGUUGUUGAGGCCACGAGUUUUGUUUCCCCAAAAUGGGUACCACAGCUAGCAGAUGCCAAGGAUGUGAUGGCAGCAAUUCAUAAUGUUGAAAGUGCUAGAUUUCCUGUCUUAACUCCUAAUCUUAAAGGUUUUGAAGCAGCUGUUGCUGCUGGAGCCAAGGAAGUGGCCAUCUUUGCUUCAGCAUCCGAGUCUUUUUCAACAUCAAAUAUUAACUGCACUAUCGAAGAUAGUCUCACUCGUUACCGUGAUGUUGUUCUUGCAGCUAGCAAACUCUCGAUUCCUGUUCGUGGAUAUAUAUCAUGUGUUGUGGGGUGUCCAGUGGAAGGAGCGGUACCUCCAACUAAAGUAGCAUAUGUGGCUAGAGAGCUUUACGAUAUGGGUUGCUCUGAAAUUUCCCUGGGUGAUACAAUUGGUGUUGGUACCCCUGGCACUGUCAUUCCAAUGCUUGAAGCUGUUUUGGGUGUUGUCCCUGUUGAUAAGCUUGCUGUUCACUUUCAUGACACUUAUGGCCAAGCUCUGUCAAAUAUUCUGGCAUCACUCCAGGUGGGGAUCAGCACAGUAGAUUCAUCGGUUUCUGGUCUUGGGGGUUGCCCGUAUGCCGUGGGUGCGUCUGGAAAUGUUGCAACUGAGGAUGUUGUUUACAUGCUCAAUGGACUUGGUGUGAAGACGAAUGUGGAUCUUGGGAAGCUCAUGUUGGCUGGGGAUUUCAUCUCAAAGCAUCUGGGACGCCCGUCUGGUUCAAAGACUGCGGUUGCCUUGAGUAAACUCACAGCUCAUGCCUCCAAGCUCUGAGCUACUUACAUCUCCCCAUUUUGUAAGCUACUCUCUGUCUCUGUGCACUCAUCCUACUGCGGGGAUAUUAAUAAGCUAAUUGUAUUGACUUCUAUAAAAUAAUAAUAAUAAUAAUAAAAAAAGCUAAUUGUAUUGGCA